AUGAGCAAGAAGUGCCACUUGAAACUCUUUGAUUUUGGCGUUGCAAGGUCAACUAACACCGAUCUAACAGAACUGGUUUCUACACCUCUAUAUCAUCCGUUAGAAGUGCAACUGUUCGAGCAAUACGAUUGGGGAGUUGACAUUUGGGCAACCGGCUUGGUGGCACUUGAAUUUCUCAAUCAUUCAUUAUACCCGGCAAAUGUGAACUCGAAAGACAAAAUCAAACAGAGAAUUCUUGACGUUCUUGGCGUGCCGGAAGACAAGUACAAAGAAUUCUUUAAACACAAGUUGAAGAAUGAGGUGCAACGUGACGGUUGCUUUGACGCUUUUCUAACCACGGCUUUUGAGCGACUUGAACCCGGACGUCGGGAUUUGAAUGAAGAGAACUUGCGGGAUCUUCUCAGCAAAAUGCUUUGCAUCAAUCCACGAAGACCGCUGGCAAGCGAGCUCCUUGAGCAUGAAUAUUUGAAAAUGCUGCAAAGUGCCAUGACGAGGAAACAAAUUGAGAACUCGACCAACGAUCAAGUCACGGAUCACGCGAAAAAUCAACGCGACAAGGAAACGCUGAUCAAAAUCCUCAAGAAUUUUUCGAGACAAUUG